CGUCAGUGGGAGCGGCUCGGAGAUACACGCAUUCAACGAUCAGAAACGGCGCAUAUUUAUGUGAAAACAGCCUUAUAGAAGUCAUAUUUUACCGUCUUGUUUAGAAACAUGAAAAUAUUAUUUUUCCCCAUUCUCUUAAUUUUCGCUGACGGUGUGUUUGGUUUUGAGACGGAUGGAGUGAAGUCGGUAUCGGUGAAGGAGGGAGAUUCUGUCACUCUACACACUUGUCUUAAUCAAAUACAAAAAUCCAAUAAGAUACUGUGGAUGUUUGAAAACGCUGUCAUAGCUAACAUCAAAGACCAAAAAUUGUCAACAGAAGAUGGUCCUGAUGGGAGAUUCAGGGACAGACUGGAGCUGGACUUUGAAUCUGGAUCUCUGACCAUCAGGAACAUCAGAACCAACCACUCGGGACUUUAUCAAGUGGACAUGUUCGGCACGAGUAAAUCCUUGAAGAAAUUCAAUGUGACUGUAACUGGUGUGUUUGCUCCAGACGCAGAUGAAAUAAAGGCAGUGUCGGCGAUGGAGGGAUAUCCUGUCACUCUGAACACUGUUUUGAAACUACAGAAAGAUGAUCUGAUGCUGUGGAGGUUUGCAAGGGCCACAAAAGGCAAUCCAGUUCAUCAUAACCCGUGUCAAAGCGAUGCGACUGCCAUCGCGAAAAUUGACGGAGAAACUCGGGAGAUCUCAUUAGAUCCUGGUGACGGUGAGAUAUUUAAUAAUGUAGUGAAGGUGGACAAACUGAGCGGAUCUCUGACCAUCACAAACGUCAGACCUGAACACUCAGGGACUUAUAUACUACAGAUCAGCGAUAACACUGGGACCAAAUGCAGGAGAUUCAGCAUUACUGUCAAUGGUGGGAUUAGUGACAAUGUGAUAGAGUGGAGGUUUGAAAGCAAAGUCAUAGCAAGAAUCAGUAGAGUGGCCAAUAAGACCUAUAAGAAGACAUAUGAUGGUGCUGAUGGGGCAUUCAAAGACAGACUGGAGCUGGACAGUAAGACUGGAUCUCUGACCAUCACAAACAUCAGAACCACGGACUCUGGAGAUUAUCAACUACAGAUUGCCAACAAUGGAAAAGUGCAGUCAAACAAAAAAUUCAUUGUUCAUGUCUCUGAUCCCAGUAAAAGUGAUUCAGAAACUCCAUUGACGAGUGCAGCAUAUCCAGUAUGA